AUGCAGGCAAUGAAGGCGAUCAUUGUGGUGGCGGUAAUGCUCACAUCAAUGUUUUUCCGCUGCGGCGUCUCUGCUAGUACUGCGGCGAUGGCUGCUGCAACCAACACCAACCACUCUGUUGGCGGAGCCUCCGGUUGGGAUCUCUCCUCCAACCUCCGAGCAUGGGCUACUCGCACCGCUUUCCGUGUGGGCGACUCUCUUGUAUUCAGGUACACUCCGGUGCACGAUGUACUGGAAGUGAGGAAGACGGACUAUGAUUUGUGUCACACAGUAGACCCACUGGAGAUGCACAACGAUGGGGAGACGGUGACUCCAUUGAGGGAAGCAGGAAACAGGUACUUCAUAUGUGGGAGGCUGGGCCAUUGUGCCAUGGGACUCAAGCUCCAUGUGCUUGUCCUCCCUGCACUGCAGAUGAGUAUCAAUGUUAAUGCAACCUCACCCAGCAGCCCCUUGAUCACUAGUCCUAUUUCCAACAACAACAGCAGCAGACACGGUCCAGAUGAUCAAGUAGUGGGAAAUGAUCAUGUGCAGCCUUCCCCAUUGCCAUCGCCAUCUGCUUCCAGUUACUCAAUUAAUUCUACAGAUGAUGCACCUCCUGAUCAUGCUACAGGCAAUACUACUACUGAUGAUGCACACUUAACUUCUGACAGCCCUCGGAUUCUGCCAUUGGUUACAGUGAUCAGGCAGAUCCUCGUGUUGGCCAUUUUUUCCUCUUCUUCAUUUACUAGUUGGAUCACGGCCUCCAUAGCUGUGUUUGUUCUCUUCGCUCAUGCUGCUUUGUUUCUUAUCGUCACUAGCAUCACUGUCGUUACUGCUGAGUUUCUUCACAUCACUUAUGCCAACUGUGAAUAG